GGGAGUUCGGCCACGUGAGGUUUCUCUUUCUUUCAAGUUUUCGCCUUGAUAUAAAUACAUAACUUGUCUUUAAACGCACAACUGCGCAAUCCUUUACCAGGCAAAAUGGUCAGGGAAGACAAGGCAACUUGGAAGUCAAACUAUUUCCUUAAACUUAUCCAACUUUUGGAUGAGUACCCUAAGCUCUUUUUGGUCGGUGUUGACAAUGUUGGUUCCAAGCAAAUGCAGCAGAUCAGACAGAAUCUGCGUGGCAAAGCUGAGGUCCUCAUGGGAAAGAAUACCAUGAUUCGCAAGGCCAUUAGAGGACACUUGGACAACAACCCUGCUUUGGAAAAAUUACUUCCUCACAUCAGGGGAAAUGUUGGUUUUGUGUUUACCAGAGAAGAUCUUGUGGAGAUCCGUGACAUCAUCCUUAACAACAAAGUAGCUGCCCCUGCUAGGGCAGGAGCUAUUGCACCUAUUGAUGUCUACAUCCCUAGUGGUAACACUGGACUUGGUCCUGAGAAGACCUCUUUCUUUCAGGCCUUAGCUAUCCCCACUAAAAUCUCUAGGGGUACCAUUGAAAUCUUGGCAGAUGUGCAUUUGAUCAAAAAGGAUGACAAGGUUGGAGCUUCAGAGUCUGCUCUGCUAACUAUGUUGAAGAUCUCUCCCUUCAGCUACGGUUUGGUUCUUCGUCAAGUCUUUGAAGAUGGCUCCUGCUUUGACCCAAGUGUGUUGGACAUCACUCCUGAGGACCUCCUUGGAAGAUUCAGGGAGGGAAUUGCCAACGUUGCCUCAGUAUGCCUGGAGAUUGGCUAUCCCACAGUUGUGUCUGUGCCACAUUCCAUCAUCAAUGGAUUCAAGAAUGUUGCAGCUGUGGCUGUUGAGACAGACAUCACUUUCCCUCAAGUUGAAAAGCUCAAGGCCUACCUAGAGGAUCCAUCUGCUUUUGCUGUAGCUGCACCUGCUGUAGAAGCUGCUGCUGCCCCAGCUGCUGCUGCCCCAGCUGCUGAAGAAAAGAAGAAGGAAGAGUCUGAAGAAGAGAGUGAUGAAGAUAUGGGCUUCGGUCUGUUCGACUAAGCUCUUCUCACUAGACUUUCUUAGUUGUUACAGCUAUACUGAACAUUAAAGAGCUUCAUUCUCCAA